CCCUCCCCUCACCGCGCUAUUAUCCUACUCUGUCUGGCAGCAAACUGUACUCCUUUAUCUUGGUCUUGCGGACAAAGUCAUUGCAAAGGAGAAUAAUUAUGCUAAAUGAAUGUACUCCUGCUUUAUUGCACGUCAGAGAGAAUGAGGGCAGGGGGUGGGGAGAAGUGGGCAUUUAGAGUACUCCUCUCUGGACUGACUAUAGCCUGCUACUCUAUAGUACACAUCUCAGCCUAAUAUUUUUUGCCACUGGAGCUGGUCAAAUGUAAUUGCAUCUUUUCUAAAAGAGACCAUACUGACGCCCGUGCACCUCGCUCGGGGCUCGCAGGCUCUCCGUUCGCAAGAUAAAAUAAAUAAAUAAAAAUAUCUUAAAAACAAACAACAAAAGCAGCAGGAACCAAAUAUUAUUGCAGGUUAUAUAACUAAAGAAACAUAUGAGCUCUUUUUUAAUCCCUGAAUUUGGUAGCGUUUUACAUUGAUUGUACUUAUAAAACUAAAUAAUGUGUCAUUCUCGAAAUUCUCAUCACAACAUGCCAUUGCGACGCGAGGAGAAACCAUUUCUUGAUCACAAUUACUGGCCAAAUGGCCCACAUGUACAUGUGGUCAGCGGUACGGAAACCAACAUGGCGGACCAGGAGGACGGAGUUCGUUGUUGUGCAUAUGGGAGGCUAUGAUAGAUGUAUCAGCGCUAUACAUAAUGGCUCAAGUGAGAAUACCUGGUCCCGGUGUUCUCCUUAAAUCAAACUUUGACAUUACGUCGAAAAUUGAUGCGUUCUACACUGGAGGCAAAGUUGAGUUUUCAUCUGAUGAAGAUCACUUGUUCUGUACCUGUAAUGACAAGAUUCAGGUUGUUCAAAUUCAGACGGGCAAGGUUGUUCAGACAUUACAGGAGGAAGGUGAUGUUGUAAGCUGCUUUGCUUCAAGUCCUGAUGACAAGUUUUCAUCUGAUGAAGAUCACUUGUUCUGUACCUGUAAUGACAAGAUUCAGGUUGUUCAAAUUCAGACGGGCAAGGUUGUUCAGACAUUACAGGAGGAAGGUGAUGUUGUAAGCUGCUUUGCUUCAAGUCCUGAUGACAAGUUUUGUGUCACAGCCAGCAGAAGCUUGUUAUUAAGACAAUGGAACUGGAGGACUGGGGACCAAAUAAGAACCUGGAAAGUAAGACUACAUGAAAGCAGACAUAAAUUUGUGCCAUUUUUCAUUAUUGAUUAUUGUUGUCUGGAUACAUGUAAUUCAAACUUCUUUUCUCUACAUGUAGGUUCAAGUGACAGUACAGUUAAAGUGUGGGAUAUCAUUAAACAGUACUACACACACAACUUUAAGGGAUCACAAGGUGUAGUUAGUUUGGUUUCCUUCCAUCCCAAUGCUGAAGUUCUUCAGCUUUUCUCCGCAUCAGAUGACUGCAAGAUAAGAGUAUGGGAUCUCAAGAGAAGCAGGUUAAAGAUAUCAGUCAAUCAAAUAUUUUACAAUAACUGUCUAGUUUCUAGCGCUAGUUUCACCACUGCGGAACCACUUGCCUGCAGCUCAUGGUUCCACAGCCACUGUGACAAUGUUACGAUGCUAUUUAUCAUCAAUCAGAGGACAGACCAUAAUUUCCUCUCCAGCUCAAGUAGAGACAAUGUUCUGAAUGUGUGGGAUCUUUCCAGUAAAAGAAUUCUGAAGACUAUCCCUGCUUUUGAGGGUGUGGAAUCAGUCAUUAUGUUGCCCAAGGGUACAAACUGCCCAGGAUGUGAUGACAAAGAAAAGGAAUACUUCAUUACUGCUGGAAGCAAAGGUCAGCUGAGGGUUUGGAGCAUUGAAGAUGGCAAAUGCGUCUUUACCAAAAGUGUUAUUAGCACGAGAAAAAAUGAGAACAAAAACAGCAACAACGAAGGCGAUGGUCAACAGAUUGUUUACGCGGCUUUGUGUGAGAACCUGGGCAUGAUUGCUGUUGUGACAUUUGAUCAUAACAUUGUGUUUCAUGAAUUGGAAUCCCUGAAGAGAGCUAAACAGUUUGUAGGAUACAAUGAUGAGAUUCUGGAUCUAUGUUUUGCUGGUAGCGAUGAAACUCAUCUGGCAGUGGCCACCAACAGCAGUGAAUUAAGGAUGUACGACUUGACCACCAUGAACUGUCUGUUGUUGGAGGGACACACAGAUAUUGUCCUGGCUUUGGAGAUCAACAGUGCCGGUGAUGCUCUGGUCACUGGUUCAAAGGUAACAGUAGUGAGACUGAGGAAAAGUGCAGGCCUUGAUGGGCNUAGCACGAGAAAAAAUGAGAACAAAAACAGCAACAACGAAGGCGAUGGUCAACAGAUUGUUUACGCGGCUUUGUGUGAGAACCUGGGCAUGAUUGCUUUUGUGACAUUUGAUCAUAACAUUGUGUUUCAUGAAUUGGAAUCCCUGAAGAGAGCUAAACAGUUUGUAGGAUACAACGAUGAGAUUCUGGAUCUGUGUUUUGCUGGUAGCGAUGAAACUCGUCUGGCAGUGGCCACCAACAGCAGUGAAUUAAGGAUGUACGACUUGACCACCAUGAACUGUCUGUUGUUGGAGGGACACACAGAUAUUGUCCUGGCUUUGGAGAUCAACAGUGCCGGUGAUGCUCUGGUCACUGGUUCAAAGGUAACAGUGUCAAGCAGCAGUUUUAUAGCAAGUGGAAGUCAAGAUAACACAAUAAAGAUAUGGAACGUACCAACGGCAAUUGGCAACGAUUCCCCAGUCAAGUUGUCCGUUAGACUCACCGAGAAGGCCCAUGACAAGGAUAUCAAUUCCGUCACCAUUUCACCAAACGACAAGCUGUUGGCUUCUGGUUCACAAGAUAAAACUGCCAAGAUCUGGAAUAUAUCCGAUGGUUCACCUCUAGGAACUUUACGCGGCCAUAAGAAGGGCAUUUGGUGUGUACGCUUCUCACCUGUAGAUCAGUGUGUGGCUACUUCCUCGGCAGAUUCAACUAUCAAGAUAUGGGCCUUGUCUGAUUUGACAUGUGUCAAGACAUUUGAAGGUCACACCAGCUCGGUCCUGAAGAUAUGUUUCUUGACAAAAGGGAUGCAGCUUAUAUCAAGUGGCUCUGAAGGUCUUCUGAAGCUUUGGACGAUAAAAACCAAUGAAUGUGUCAAGACAUUUGAUCAACAUUUAGACAAGGUGUGGAGUAUAGCCAUUAAUAAAAGCCAAGAGCAACUUGUUUCAGGAGGAGCAGAUUCAGCGAUCAAUAUUUGGAAGGAUGUUACUGAGAUUGAACAAGAGCAGGCACAGGCUGCCAUGGAAGAGAGCAUUUUAAAACAGCAAGAAUUGUCGAACUUAAUAACUGACAAGAAGUACCUUGAGGCUAUUGGUUUGGCAAUCACGUUAGAACAGCCUUUCAGAGUGAUGAACAUUAUAAAAGACAUCCUGUGUGUACAAAAUGGCACAGAAGAAUUGACAAAGGCACUGAAGUCCCUUAGAGAAGAUCAACUUGACGCAAUUUUGAAGUUUGUUGUCGAGUGGAAUACCAACUCCAAGAACUGCCAUGUUGCUCAGACAGUUUUGUCCAUCAUCUUGAAAAACAACUCUCCGUAUGAACUGGCAACCAGAAAAAACAUGAAGGACAUAUUGGAAGGUCUUCUGCCUUACAGUGGUCAGUCUGUGUUACAUAUGGUUUGUUUUCUUGCAAGACAGACCUUAAAUAAUUAUGCUGUUAUGAUAAUACCGUACCCUGACUUUCUCAACACGCUUAUGGAAAGAAGACAGGCGUGAUAAUUCCUCUCCCUACAAACGCGACAGUCAGAAAAAUGUGUGUCGUAGUGACGUCACUUGAUGGGGUUUCUGGAAAAUGAAAGAUAAAGGUUGCUUAAAUAACGGUUGUCGGUUUGUUCGUCUGUCUUUUUCUGUCUGUCUGUCUGUCUGUCUGUCUGUCUCUCGAACUUGUGCUCCUCGACCGCACGCUCUUCGCCAUUGGGGGUGUCGCGGACAUUUUUUUCGUUCAGAGCUGGUCAGAGCUCAGCUUCGCAGCUCGACUUUGUAAGCAGUACUAUCUCUUCACCUCCUUCUAGCAACCUUGUAGACGCCA